AUAAGUCUCGGACGGAAAAGUCAGCCCGGCCGCCAUUAUUUUUAACUAACAAGUGCAUGGGGAUUUAUCGAAAGUUUCGGAGAUAUAUUAAUGGUGUAGAUUAUUAAGGAGCAUUUCACAAACCCAGGACUCGCCAUCAUCCUGGAUGGACGACCCGGUGCCGGAUGGACGGCCAUUAUGGACGCUGUUUUUCGAUGGAACACUAUUCAAGCGUUACCAAGACUACCUGCGGAGUCACGAUCUCACCAAGAUCUUGAACAAUCGAGCCAGUGUAAUUAGCAAUAACUCACUCUCGUCAGAACCCCCAGUGCUAAAUGACGAGACAAAUUGGUUACCUCCCCUUGGAAGCAAAGCUCUGGAGACCAAUGGCGCGACACCGGUCUCGCGUAUGACGUCAACAAAUUCUGAGAACUUUCUGACGGCUGUUGAAAAGAAGCGACGGAACAGGCGCACGACGGGAUGUGUAGUUUUAGGGAUCCUGUGUCUCGGCGCCAUAGCUGCUGCCGUAGCCCUUAUCAUUCAUUUCGUCUUCGUGAAAAGCAAGGAACACGUGUCGAACAGCGCCCCCAUCCAUAUUCCAGGGAGUGACACACAUCAUCAAAAUCUAAGUGCUUUAGUUAACGAUUCUCGGCGACUCGGCCUCACCACAUUGUCUCCUCCAAUACCAAAACUAGAAAACAUCCCCACAAUCACAGAGAAAGGCAGCAAGCCACAGUUUAUACCUCUCAAACCCGUAGAAGCAGCCAAAAACACUCCUAAACUAGCACGGUCGAUUGAAAUUAAAGAUAUGUACACGACUAUUGGAGCCAGUGGGAUAUUUUCCUGUAGUGUCAAUGGAAUAUCGGGAUGGACAUCUGUAUUUUUACGCGGAAAACGAAAAUCUCAGCCACCUGGUAUUUUUGAGUUUAUUUUGACUUCUUCGGGACAAUUUUCGUUAAAGGGAAAUAACUCUGACAUGGUUGUACGUCACAACAAGCAGAGAAACCUGGAAGACAUCAACCUGGAUAAUGUGUUGGUGUAUAUUGCCUACACGGACGUCGCGUGUGACAACCAGGACACAUUCACGUGUGGCGUCCAGGCGGGCGGAGAGACGGACAGUCGGACAGCCAAGGUGAUCAUUACAGUGGAUCCGGCUCCGGAAGUCACGAUGGCGAUCCCAGUGCAGGUCAUCGAGGGGGAGCAGCUUCGCAUUUCCGCUUCCUGGAUGGCAGGCUACCCCGACCCUCACGGAAAUCUGAGCUGGUCCACGAUAAGUCCCGGGGAAACCACUCCUUCGGACUUUUUCUCUAGUGCUCAAACGAUAUGGUCAUUAAAGCGACAGGAGAACAAGUGUAAAACUGUGGUCGACACUCAUACAACAUUUAAACCGAAAUUAGAUUGGAAUGGAACAGACAUCAUCGUCAAACCGGAAAUCACACCAGUAGCGGGAGGAGAAGUCCCGGAUCUGAAAAUAAAGUCAUCACGGGAAACUCUCUACGUUGUUCCAGCAAAUCACUGCGAUGGCUUCUCUAAUGACACCAGAAUCGCCCACCCAUACACAUGCACCAAGAUCGUCAGAUGUAUGCCGGACAAAAUGCUCAUAUACUCAUGCCCGGAACAAACCUGCUUUCAGGAGAAAUCCAAGCAAUGCGACUAGCGCGGGAUUCAUGUGACUAACUGGAUGGCAUAAAUGAUAAUUUGUUUUGAUGGAACGCCCGGUUGUUUUAACUGAUUUCUUUACAUCGUUGACAUUUAUUUUAUUUUCUCUUUUAUUUUACAUGUGAAUUAACAUGGAACAAUAGCAUCAAUACAAUGAUCAACUUGUUUCGUCUCUUGUUAGAUUUAAGAUACAAUUUAUUCAUUUUUCAUUUUUUUCGGGCUUUUGGUGAACACACCUGAGAGAGAAAAGGCAUUAUAGACCUAAAACCGAGGGAAAACUCAUUCAGUUUCAUUUUUGACAUAUGAAUCCAUUACACUCGUUCCUGCAGUCGUUACAUGUAUCGCCAUAUAUUGAAACAAAUUAAACCCCAAAAGGGACAGUGUUCAUAGACUGGAAAAUUAAUCUGACUAAUGUUAUAUUGGAAACACUCGUUAUAUAAACAUGUAUAUAAUUUAUAAUUAGUGUCUGCAUUACAGUUACGUUUAUGCUAAUGUUCUAGUGCAUAACCGACUAUUAUUUUGUGAAGUCAAGUGGCGAAAAAUGUAAGUCGCUGUCUGCUUGUUGAUGAACGGACGCCGUUUUUAUUGCUGUCAGCGUGUGAGUUACCGCUGAUACGGAAUGUUCCAUCAAUAAUUAUUCCUGUUGCUUAGCAACGAAUACGUUACUUGAUUGGUCUAUGUUACAGUCCUUAAUAUUUUCUUGCGUUGUAUGGUAUUCACAGUACUAAUACUAUUUACUCUUACAAUGAUCGAUGUUGUGUUGAUAAACAGUAACUUCGGUUCAAUGAUAGCUAUUUUUAUAUCUGAGGAGCCGCCAUUUUUUGGUUUCACAAUUAGAACUAUCUUCCUAUUAGUGUGAAUACAAUUAACGCAACUAGAGGUAAUAGUUCAUGUGUGAUAUUAUACUGACAACACCAUAUGGUAAAUGUUAUAUAUACUAGCUAAGCUGGAGGAACUACAGCAUUACUCGAUGGUCCUAAAGAUGGACAAAAAAAUUACAGUCAAACCUCGCCAUAGUGACCACCUGAAUUAAGCGACUCCUUGUCAUAAGUGAUCAUACUCUCCCCUCCCAAUGUUAUUCACUAUACUAGUUACCUGAACCUGGACUAAGAGACCACCUGUCUUAUGUGACGUUUUUAUUGCCUCCCUUGAACAAUCACAUAUGGCAAGUUUCACUGUAUGUACAUGUAUAAUUUGAUUCUAUAUUUUUCAUACUUCUAUAUUUUUGCGAAAUUUUAUAUUGUAGAGAAGAUAAUAUAUAAUUUCGCUGUAUUCGCGGUCAAUAGAUAUAGCACGAAAAUAAAUAUCCAAUGGUAAUGUUAAAUGUAGAAUGUCUAUAAGGAGAUGUGAGAACUUGGGCCGAAUGAGACAGUCACGGAAUAUUAGAACGAAUAGACGAAUGAAAGGGGCAUGCAUUGCCACGAAGGGUCAAAGUCAUCUGAAAAAACAAAAACCAUAUGAAGCAAUAGAAAAAUUCAAUUACUUUAAUUGAAAUAUAUCAUUUAUUCGUCUGUUCACAAAAUUUCAAAAUUUGAGCUAAAGUUUACGCUGUGUAAAUUUUCAAUUAUGAAACAUCUGAUAUUUGAUCUUUCUUCGAUUUUUCUUCCCGCAUUGCGUUUGCCAAAUGGAACAUUGGAACCAUAGUGUUGCUAUUGGGUUCUCUGAUGAGGUUCACUUGAUGGGCAAGUCAACAAACAGAUUGUGCAUUUCUGUGGAACAGAUAAGCCAGCCUAUUACGCCGAUAAACCAUUAAAUAGCCAAGAAGUAAACUUCUGGACAGAACUGAAUAGUUAUGGACUAUUUGACAUUGCUAAAAAAGAGUUUUGUGCCUCAAUUAAUACACUGAAUGAUUAACCUGAGGAAGCGUAGUCUCGGCAAGAUAUGGGUCAACUUCACAUCAAGCAGCCAGAGUGUUAACGUGACAGUCCGAUAUGUUUGGAGAUAACAUUAUGUCGUUGCAUUCGCUAGACGUUUUCUUGUGGGUUACCUUCAGAAUCGUGUUUAUUCUCCCCUUCCGAAAGAUAAUAACAAACUUAACCUUGCAAUUAGAAGAGAGACAAGAAAGAUUUCAAGUCAGCCAUGUAACAAAAAAUAUUAGAGAAAGAAUGUGAUUUGUGUCUGAGCAGAAAGAUGGUCAUUUGGAGCACAUUAUUAGCAACGUCAUUAUGACGUUAUACCUUAUAAUAAUGACGUUAUGUAUUACACAUUAUGGAAAUUAAGACUUGUUUUGCAUAUGAAAAUGAUGUAAAAUGGUUCACCUAAAAUAAUAUACCAAUCAAUAUUGUGAAAAUUUUGCAUGUUAUUCUAAUUAAAUGUAUCAUUACGCUUACGUCAUUAUGACAUAUUUGGUAUCAAAAUAUCAGUAAAUGUAUGCACUGUAAACUGUUAUUAUUGAUUUUGGUAGGGUACACCCAUUAUUUAACAUGGUGCUAUGCAAAGGGGUCUCUACAACUAUCGGUAUUGAUAAUGACGAAUCGUUUUUGUGGUUAUGGAUCAUUUUCAUGCCUCUUACAAUUCGAUUUUUUUUUGUCAUAUAAAAGUUUAUUUUUCCUGACUGAUGUUUAGUCUUCGUCAUCUUGUGACCAUAUUCCUUUAACGACAGUAUAUAAAGGCGCUAUUCACCUUCUCUAUGUUUUUCGCAUUUUGAGAGGGGGUAACUUUGAAUCAAACUGAAAUUUGACGAGGCUACUAAACGCACAUGGAUGGAAUUUUUACACAUGACACCGUGAUUCCCUAUCUAUUGAUUACACUGUUAUAACAUUUUAUAACAUCUUUUUAUUUCCAGUAAAGUGGGCAAUUUUCAAA